AUGAACAUUCGGUUUUGGUUUAACCAAAGAAUGCGGAAGAGCUAAGGUCAUUUUUGUGAACGGAAAGCAAGUGGUAUAAAUGUUAAUAUGUACAAAAUACUUGUGCCUUUUCUCCUCUCACUUCCAACAGCAGUUCCAAAAGGCUCUCAUUCUUUUUGGGUGCUUGCAACUUACAUUAAAGGACAAAGCCCCUUUCCUCAGUUCAGUUACACAUUGAUGUUGGAUGAUGUCAGACUUCUGUAUUAUAAUGGUGAGACAAAGACCUUCAUUCGAAGAGGAAACACAACAAAUGAAGAUACAGUGUUGGAUCCUAACGUUCUCUUUAAAAUAACUGACUAUAUAGAAGCAUCUUUUAUAGAAAAUUCGGCAAUAGCAACUCAAAAUCUAAAUAAAACCAAUGGUGUUCUUGCUUUUCAAAGACUGGUUUUGUGUGAGCUGAAGGACAAUGGUGAGCCGGGACAAAUGAUCACACGAGAUGCUUUCGAAGGCUCCACCACAGAUGAGCUGCGAUAUAUAGAGAACAGCUUUACAUACCAGGGUACUUUAAAUGUCACAGCUCAGGUGCUGAACAUCCAUCUUGAAAUCUCUAAGUGGCGUCAUGAGCAUUUAUAUUACCCAUUCUGCAUAAAACUUCUUAAGGCUUAUCUUGAAAAAAGGAGAAAUCAAGUAAACAGAAAAGUAACACCUAGAGUCCGUAUCAUCAAAAAAACAUUUUUAAAUUCCAGGGGGUCCCAAGUGAGUUGCCUGGCAACAGGAUUUUACCCUCGACACAUCAAUCUGACCCUGUUCAGAGACGGGCAGCCUGUAACUGAUGAUGUCACCGGAGGAGAUCUGCUGCCCAAUGAUGACGGGACGUACCAGAUGAGGAAGAUUCUGAAGAUCAGUGCAGAAGAACAAAGAGAGAAACACAAAUACACCUGCACUGCCACACAUGUCAGUCUGGACAACAAACUGGACAUCAGUUUAGAGUCUGAUCAUGGGACACCAAUAAAGCCAGUGAUUUCUUCAAUUCUAACAGUUUUGGCAUUGCUCAUUGUGACUGUAGUUGCAGUAAUUAUAUGGAGAAAGCGAAAUGCAGCUUUUAAAAGUGAAUAUUCCUCUGCUUCUACAUCUCAAAAACUUGUGGACACAGCAUCAUAGAGUUUAUGUAACCUUAGUGACAUGAAGCCGCAGGUAUAAGCGAAGAAUAUAUCUUUGAAUACCAUGUUAUAUGAAGUAAAUCUUUUGCCAACAGAUUGAUUAAUGAUUGAACUUCAAUAGUAGGAGUCUGAGCUGCAUGUAAAUAGGUAAUUUUGCACAGCUUUUAAUAGAUGUUAUGUUUAAGUAUACAUGUAUUUGUUCUAACAUUAAAUGUAACAUGUAAGAUUUUACAAGAUGUACCUUACAUUGCUUGGAAUGAGCAACAGGAAUGUCACUUGAUGACAGAAAUUAAAAGAUUAAAGAUUCUUCUAAGAGAGUUUGGUGGUAAAAUGUUACGAAUUGGGCAGAAACGAGAGCAGGAAGCGGAUCCAAGUGCAAGAAAAUCCCUUUAAUGAAGCCACAGAGUAACAAGAAAUCCACAGAGUAACAUGAAACACACAAAGAACCAUGAGAGCGCAACAUUGAACAUCCAAGAAUACACGGGUGACACGAGGGCGUAACAUCAAACAACGAUUAACAACAGAUAACUGAACGCAAGGGCUAUAGUAUAUCCUAGACAGAUGCAGGGACAAACAGAAAAUGGGACACAUGUGAAACCAAUGGACAAUCACAGGACCCAAUGCAUAAUGGGAAAUAGAGUACAAGACCAAAACACAGGCAGAAACACUCAUUUCUAUGGAAACAUGGGCAACAUGGCGCCCUCAGAUGGAGACACCGGCGCCAGCAACGGGGUGUAACAUAAAAAGUACUGUAAAUAAAUAAAGAUGUGACGCUUAGGAGAAAUGUUAAAGACAUUUUAAGGUACAGUAAAGUACCAUUCACACACAUUGAUGCUCUGUGAUGGUGAGAUGAGCCUGAAAACCUAAACUUCAUAAAUACUUAAAUAUCAAAUCAACAAAUCUUCCAAUGUUAAUGGAUGGUCACUUACUCAUUCUUUAUUUUCCAUUUUAGCACACUUAUAAAAACUAUAAAAUGAGACUAUAGGUGUAAAAUGUAACUACCAUUUUGUGCAUUAAAAAAAUUCAAAAUAAAUAGACCUUUUUUAUAUUUGUGACUCAUUGGGUACUUCAGUGUGUAAAUAUUUGUAUUGUCCUGAUUUGCACAUUGCAUUUGUGGUGCUUCAACAAAAUACCUUCCCUGUCAUUUAACUCAACUGAGUGUUUCACAAAAGUAAGAUAAGCAAAUUGUGUAGUGCUGUG